AGGAGCCACAGCAAUCUCAAGGAAUCUGACUAGUUCCCUCCUGCCCGAUGGCAUUGUUGCCCUGGGUGGAGCUGCUGGGUUUAAAGAGCCGGAACCCCCCUGCACUGAGCACAGCCCCAGCAGCCUUUCCAAACCUGCUUUCUGCACCUGGCUCUCAGCCCUGCCCUCAAGCUGUGUCAUGAAGAGAGUGACCCGGGGCCUUCUCCUCACACUGGCAGGUCUGCCUGCCUUGGAAGCCAAUGACCUGGUCGAUAAAGACAGUCCCUUCUAUUAUGACUGGGAAAGCCUACAGCUGGGUGGGAUGAUUGUUGGAGGGCUCCUGUGCAUCGCUGGAAUCUUGACAGCUCUGAGUGGAAAAUGCAAAUGCAAGUACAAUAAGAAGCACAGCCCCUUACCUGAGAGAGCCACUCCACUCAUCACUCCAGGCUCUGCCAGUACCUGCUGAGCACAGGACCAGCUUUGCGACAUCUCUAUACCAGCUCCCACGCUGUUCCCUCCCCACUUGGAGCCCUUACUCUCCACGAUGGCCUUUUUCUCCAAAGCUGGGCCCUUCAGUUUCCAUCUGAUCAGGACACUGUCCCAAGCUUAUUUCUAAAUUAAACUGUCUGACUCCUCCCUCCA